CUGGUGGAAUCUUCAUCAGCACCAAGAGUUUGUCUAUUUCACUCCCCAUGAUUCACAUGUUUAACGGAUGUCUCCGAGGGAGUCGGACUCUGUUCCUAUGGUGUUACGUGACUUUCUGCGUGAAGACAACUCAGUUAUUGCCCCUAGCAACCAAUAGUCUUAGUUCCGAAGAAGUACGUAACGAAGAUCAAACUGGUGAAACAGACAUAAAGAUUGUUAAAGAAAACAUUCUAUCACAGCUAGGACUAGACAGAGAACCAGAUCUCUCCGAGGUUAAUGUCUCCCAGAUUGAAAUGGACAGAGUGUUGGAAAUCUAUCGUCGGAACACGAGAAACCUCGGGGCAACCCAGGAAAGGAAUAAAACUGUACGCAGGUUUUACACUUACAGAGACGAAGUGCCUCUACAGCACCAGUUCAGAAAUGAUUUGUUUAGAAGAGGAAGACGACAAAUCUUAUUUUUUCGUUUGGAUUUUCCUAAUCACAAGAGAAACAGUACAAGAGGCCUAACUGUUAAUUCUGCUACGCUGAGUAUCUACAUGGUUCGUAGAGGUGUUCAUCACCAGGUAGAUGGCCGUGGAGGGCGCACUGACGCAGUGUCUGUGAGUGAGCAGCCAAAACAAGCCACUGUAUAUAUCUACCAGCUCCAAGAACCUAUCCAUGUGAAGAAUCUCCAAAAUCCCCAUGAACUCCAGGAAUCUCUUCGCGUAGAGAAUCUACACGGACUCCGCGAACCUGUUCAUGUAGAGAAUCCUCAUCGACUUCGGGAACCCGUUCACGUGGAGAAUUUCAAGAGAUUCUAUGAACCUAUUCGGGUGAAGAUUCCCCAGUAUCGCCACGAUCCUGCUUACGUAGAGAAUCCUCAUGUUCACUUGCAUAAUCCCAACCGGUUGUUAGUCUCUGCUCAACGAGUUCUACUGAGCUCCGACAGGUGGGAGAUAUUUGACGUUUCCAAAGCUGUAGAAUCUUGGGUAGAAUUCCCUGCGAUAAACUACGGGCUACUUAUUGAAUGCAAUGAAUGUGAAACCCACGACUAUGUUUUUCUGUCCGUAAAUAGCUCAGACAUUUUAGCUACAAAUUCAAUAAAUAAUGAAACAAUAGUGGAAAAGAUGUCCUAUCAAACCCCCGGGAGAGCAUCUCUGGAUAUCGAGCUAACAGAAUCUUAUGUGAGAUCUAAACGAUCUAAGCAUAAAAAGAAGAAGAAGACCCAUUACCCACUGGACUGUACUAAUGGAAAUAUAACCACUCUUUGUUGUCGGUAUUCAAUGACAAUUUCUUUUGAAGAGCUGAAGUGGCACUGGAUCAUUAGGCCAAAGCAGUUUGAAGCUUAUUUCUGCAAGGGAAGGUGUGAUCCAAAUUAUAAAAAUUACGUUAGCAGACACGCCAGGAUCCAAAACCUUAUACGAAGAAUAAAGGAUAGAAGGAAAGAAAUACCUCGUUCUUGCUGUACCCCGAAGAAGAUGAAACCUCUACAAGUUGUGUAUUUAAAGAAUAAGAGUGAAGUAGAUACGAAGAAACUAAGAGGAAUGAUAGUCUCCCAGUGCGGUUGCGCUUAGCAACAGCUUCCUUCACCUAGUAACCACUGAUUAUAUUGACAACCUGAAACAGUAGUACUUGUUUCGUUAAUGAAAUCACAUAGGCAUUAUCAUGCUAUAUAACUAACUUUGUUAACACCAGAUGGUGCUUUAAAAAUUUAUAAGCUGUUAACAACAACAAGAGUUUCACGUGCGACUCAUUCGUUAUUCAAAAACGUGUUCCGAGUUCUCUUAAAGUAAUUAUUUCAAAGAGAUUAAAUAGCUAUCAAGGAGCUGAUGAUGUGAUAUAAGUGAGUAAUAUCAAUUGUAUAUCAUAUAUCUACUGAUCUAGGUGUACAAUGUGUUAUUUUUUUAUAUCCACAAAGGAGAUGUUUA